AUAAUUCCUAUGGACUGUAUUAUUUGCUUCUUCACUUUUUUGCUUCUUCAUAAAAAAAUCAUACUGUACUACCAAAGAAGUAAUUACGUGAUAAUUCUUCUGCGUAACUUAUUAAUAAUUUAUUUUAUUUUUAAAAGUCAAAGUCAAUAUUCUAUGACAUAUAUUCUCUUACAACUAAAAUAAAUUGCAACUGGUUGGUGAACAGAAAAUGCUAUGUUUAUUAAACCGGUGGGUUGGAUAAUUAAUUUAAAUGUCCUAUUGAUGAAUUAUGUUUAAAAAAUGUUUAGAUAUCGAUGUUUGGUUUAAAUGUAACGUGAGUUAUAUAGUAUAUGACGACAGAUAGAGAACACAUUAGAUUUUGAAUAUGCUGACCAUAACUUAUAAUAAGUCUCAUAUUGGACGUGGCCCGGUAGUGCGCGGGAGUUUUGACCAAACUCAUAGAAAACUUCAAACCAACCCCAACAUCAACAGUUUAAAUAAAACAAAACAAAAUAUAAAAGUCCACUUUCAUGCUAAUUUGAAACUUUCUGAAUUAGUAAAAGAUUCAAAGUAAUUAGUGUAUUGAAUAAUACCGGAAACAAGUUAGCGAAGUGUAUGCUUUUGGUAUUCCGUAUUAUUAAAUUAAAUUAAAUGAGAAAUAAUUUAAUAUUGAAUUGUUUAAAAGUUUUUUGUUUUUGUUUUUUGCAACUAAUAGUUUAAAAGUUUGUUUAUUCAAACCUCUCUGUUCUUCAUUUCAUCUUCUUCCCGGUGCACAAAGCAGAAAGAUUUGAGGUGAUAAAAGUGAAAUGCAAAAGCUAGGGUUCGAAGACGCGAGACACUACUACCCAAGCGGCACAGAGAAGCCCUACAGCGACCAGUCGUCGGCGACUAUCAAGAACACGGCGUCAACGAGCAGAUAUCACGAGGAAGAUCAACCUUACGUGGAGAUCUCUCUAGACAUCCACGACGACUACGUCUCCGUGUACGGCUUGAAGUCACCUGACCAUAUAGGAGGCACCGGAUCGCUUCUGAGACAAGGCCGUCCGGGGAAGAGCAACUCUGUCCUGAAACGCGUAGCGUCAUCGUUUUCGACCGAACUGAAACGAGUUGCUUCCUCCUCCGUCUCUUCUUCCUCGGCGAGAAAGCCUCCGCGCCCGCCUUUGGCUAAGUUCCGGCGCUCGAAGUCUAGAGCAGAGCAAGCGCUCAAGGGUCUCAAGUUCAUCACCAAGACCGAUGGCGUCGCGGGCUGGCCUGGAGUUGAGAAACGGUUCCAUGAGAUCACCGAGAACACCUACGGGUUACUACACCGUUCGAGAUUCGGUGAAUGUAUAGGGAUUAAUUCAAAGGACUUUGCUUUGGCAUUGUUCGAUGCUUUGAGAAGGAGGGAAAAUGUGAGUGGAGAUUCUAUAAACAAGAAUCAGCUUCAAGAGUUUUGGAAGCAGAUCACUGAUCAGGAUUUUGAUUCGAGGCUACGACUUUUCUUUGCCAUGGUGGAUAGAGAUGCGGAUGGGAAGUUAAAUGAAGCCGAAGUAAAAGAGAUUAUAAGUCUAAGUGCUUCUGCAAACGAACUGGAGAAUAUUCGGAGACAAGCUGAUGAAUAUGCUGCUUUGAUUAUGGAGACAUUAGAUCCCUAUCAUUACGGGUACAUCAUGAUAGAUAAUCUCGAGGUGCUACUGCUGCAAGCGCCAGUGGAGGAUAUAAGAGAUGGGGAGACUAAGAACCUGAGCAAGAUGCUAAGUCAUAACCUCAGAGUAUCACAAAGUAGGAAUCUCGGGGAGCGUGUUUACAGAGGGGUGAAGUAUCUCGUGUUGGAUAAUUGGAAGAGAGUGUGGGUGAUGGCUCUAUGGAUAGGUGUUAUGUCCGGGCUGUUCGCGUGGAAGUUCAUGCAGUAUAAGAAGAGAUCCGCUUACCAAGUUAUGGGAGUUUGUGUUUGUGUAGCUAAAGGAGCUGCAGAGACUCUUAAACUAAACAUGGCUUUGGUUUUGUUACCAGUUUGUAGGAACACCAUCACUUGGCUCCGGACCAAAACUAUAUUAAGUUCUGUUGUUCCCUUUGAUGACAGCCUCAAUUUUCACAAGGUUAUAGCAAUAGGAAUUUCAGUUGGAGUAGCAAUCCAUGCCACAUCUCACUUAGCCUGCGAUUUCCCCAGGCUGAUUGCUGCAAAUGAAGAGACGUAUGAGCCAAUGGUUAAGUAUUUUGGGGUACAGACAAAGAGAUAUAUGGACUUUGUGCAGUCCGUGGAAGGAGUUACAGGGAUUGCAAUGGUUGUACUAAUGACUAUAGCCUUCACAUUGGCUACACCAUGGUUCAGACGCAAUAAGCUCAAGCUUCCUGGACCAUUGAAGAAAAUAACUGGCUUCAAUGCCUUCUGGUACUCUCACCACUUGUUUGUUAUCGUCUACUCGCUGCUCAUUGUUCACGGAUACUAUGUUUACCUAAUCAAGGAAUGGUCCAAGAAAACGACAUGGAUGUAUUUGAUGGUGCCAGUGGUUCUUUACUUGUCUGAAAGGCUGAUUCGUGCGUUCAGGUCAGGCAUCGAGGCUGUUUCCAUACUAAAGGUUGCUGUGUUACCAGGGAAUGUCUUGUCGCUUCAAAUGUCAAGACCAAGCAACUUCAGAUACAAAAGCGGACAAUACAUGUACCUCAACUGUUCUGAAGUUUCCUCAUUAGAAUGGCAUCCAUUCUCAAUUACCUCGGCUCCAGGUGACGAGUACCUCAGUGUCCACAUCAGGGUUCUAGGAGACUGGACAAAGCAAUUAAGACAACUAUUCUCUGAGGUACUUUACUUCAUUUCUCCACUAAAAGUAAACACAAGAGUUCAAUUGGGUCUAAGUAUGUGUUUCAUUCGUUUGGUAUAUGAUCCUCAGGUGUGUAAGCCACGCCUUCCUGAUGAAAACAGGCCGAACAGAGCUGACCCGAGGCUCCUGGAUAACAUCCCUAAUUUUCCAAGAAUCCUAAUUGACGGUCCAUACGGAGCACCAGCACAAGACUACAAGAAUUUCGAAGUUGUUCUACUCGUGGGUCUAGGAAUCGGAGCUACUCCAAUGAUAAGUAUCGUCAAGGACAUUAUCAAUAACAUAAAAGGCAACGGAGACAUAGAAGAAGGACGAAACAGUAACCGAAGACAGUCACCGAUUCACAACAUGGUCACACCUCCUCUUUCCCCAGCAAGAAGAAGUGAGACGUUCAGAACGAAGAGAGCAUACUUCUACUGGGUCACAAGAGAGCAAGGAUCUUUUGACUGGUUCAAGAACGUGAUGGACGAAGUGGCCUUAACAGACCGCAACAAGGUUAUUGAGCUGCAUAAUUACUGCACCAGCGUCUACGAAGAAGGAGACGCGAGGUCUGCACUGAUCACGAUGCUCCAGUCGCUGCACCACGCUAAGCACGGAGUGGACGUUGUCUCAGGUACACGUGUCAUGUCCCAUUUCGCUAGGCCGAACUGGAGAAGCGUUUACAAAAGGAUCGCUGUGAAGCAUCCUAAGACUAGAGUCGGUGUGUUUUACUGCGGAGCAGCUGGAUUAGUGAAAGAGCUACGACACUUAGCACUGGAUUUUUCUCAUAAUACUUCCACCAAGUUCUGUUUCCAUAAAGAAAAUUUCUAAAACUAAAGUUAUAAGAUAUAUAUAUAUAUAUAUAGUUAUAAGGCUCUAAGAGACUUGAACAAGCUUAUUGAGUUAUUGGAUUCAUGGUUGAAGAACUUUGUAUAGAAAUUGUACAGAUACUGUGAUUAAAUACAGUUUUUGGUUCUUGUACAAACUAAUCAUGUUUGUAUCAUUCAACACAGAUGCAGAACACUAUUAUCUGAACUUCACGUCUCUUUGGGAUGAGAUAUUGACUUGUUGCUCCUCUCCUAUCCGC